AUGGCACAGCUAGCCCCCAACAUCGCCAACUUCACCUGGACAUCAACAACCCCAGGCCGAUGGGAACGAGAUGUCGAUGAAGCCGAGCAAUUCUAUACUUCCCUGGCCAAAGCAUACGAAGGAACAGGGCGGACUUUCUUCGCUAUGACGGGGUUCAUCUCACUAUCAAUUCCUGUACCUGAAUCCACGCCCCAGGACGAAGCAGUGGAGAACCUCGAAUCAGCCCUCCGAAAAGCCUGGGCGUGGCUGCGGUAUGACCAUCCCACAAUUGCUUCACGUGUAGUGUACGACGAGAAUCAGAGGAAAUGCAAGAAAGUUUACGAGACCUUCUCUCCCUCAUACACCGUCCAGGACUGGCUAGACGAAACAUUCAUCACCAUCGACGACGGAAUCUCAGGGUUAGAAUGGUGCAACUCAGACCCUCCUGUCCCGGACUUUCCAACUAUAUUCUUCAUCAGAACUGGCCUUCAUAAUGGGAGGGUUACAGGAGACCUAAUCCUGCGCUCCCACCACGACAUCAUAGACGGAACGGGAACCCUGCUUCUCUUCCAUAAUCUCCUCUCGCAUGCUGCACAUGCACACCAAGCCCAAAACGAACCGGGAUAUAAACUCCCCCAAUUCGGCACUGAAUAUCAAAACCUAAGCCCACCACUCCGCAUCGCAGCCCAAAUCCCGCCAGAGCUAGAUGAAUCGCACAAGCAGCGCAUGGCCGAGAUCCAGAAAUAUAACGCGACUCUUCGAGAAAAUGUCGAACUCGCCAGUCCACCCUUUAAACGCGACAAUAGCGGUCCAGGGAAACACCAGCGCGUUGCAGUUACACUGUCCCAGGAACAGACGGCUAGCAUCCUCGCUGCGUGUCGAGAGUUAGGGCUUAGUAUUACACACGCAUACCACGCUGCUAUUCCACUCGUCGUGCGAGACCUGCAAGAGAAGGGGGAGACCGAGCGUCAAGCGCGGUAUCUGAACUAUAGUCUCAUUAACGAGCGAGUGAACUGCGUGGAGCCGUAUAGCACUGCUUCGCAUCCGGCUUCAGUGUAUCAUUCCGUCUCGGGGAAGGGGCUGGCUGUGGAUUUAACCGUUCCGGCAUUAGAAAAGAGUUCAAGAACAAGCACGGAUUCCAACUCCAACGACACAGUUUUGGAUCAGCGGAAAGAGUACGCAGAUGUCGCAUCUAUAAUCCGGGCCUUCUACCUCGAUAUCCGGCACGACAAAGAUCAUAUCUUCCUCGUCCCCUCGUACUGGGGAAUGGGAACAAUCCCGUACCCCGCUGAUGGGAAGACACAGCCUGUCCCGGCCCGGAAUGAGACACCGUCGGUGUCGAUAUCGAGCAUGGGAAUUCUUGACAAAGUGAUCAGGCAUAAGUAUGGGGAGUUUGAGGUUGAGGAUCCGUGGGUUACGGGUGAGGAAUUGGGGACUGGACUGGGUCUGUUCUUGGGGACUUGGAAGGGGAGGGUGACUCUUAGUGCGGCGUAUAAUGAUGCGUGGCAUGAUAAAGAGGAGGUAUUGGGGUUUCUGGAUAGGUGUAAUGACACUACCUUUAGUGGGUUGGGUUUGGCCUGA